AUUUUAUUCAUAUAAUUGCUGACUUAAAUAUGAGCAAAAUUGUUCCACUUCCGAUUAAAUCAAGUGCUAUCGUCAUCAAGGAAUUUGAGGAUGACAUCAGGCCUGUAUGAUAAUAUCAUUAGGUUUAGAGUGACCCUAUUAAGGCUAAUGAAUAUAUACAUUAAAACAUGUUUUACAAAUAAGAUGAAAAUGGUUAACUAACUCCUUACGAGUUCACAGUAGGAUUAGAUGAGUUUAAAAAACAUGGUUUAGGUUUAUAUUUGUACUUUAAAUUUUUGGAAUAUGCUAUUUAUGUUUUCUUUGUAAUGAGUAUAUUAGCUAGUGUAAUAUGUUAUUUUAACUCAACAGGAAAUGGGUUAGAUGCCUGGAAGAACCUCAAUAUAUUAUAAGUAAUAUCAAUAUUUAUAGUUAGAAAUUAAGUAUUGGAAACUAAAAGAAAAUUGAAAGUAGCAGCGGAACUACUUAUAGNACCAACAAUUAUUAUUGUAGUUAACAAGCCAAAAACUAAAAUUAAACUAGCGAUUUGAAUUGUUAGAAUUUAAUGUCUGAUUCUCCAGUUUUUAUUGAUGUACCAAAAUUCUUUAUUUAUUAGUUCAUUUAAUAUCAUUUAAUUAAUAAUCGAGUUUGUGUGA